AUGUCCUGGCUCUUCGGGUACUCUCGGCCCCAACCAUCCGGAAAUGCACCUCCCGGUGAUGGAAUGGGUCUCCCUCAACCACCCCCACCGAAGGAGGAUAAGAAAAAAAUGGAAGAAGCUAUUUCUGGAUUUCGAUUUGAUUCAGCUGCCCUCGAAAGAGCAGCAAAAGCGGCCAAGGAACUAGAAGCCUCAAGUAACCUCAGUUUACCACUUUACACUCUGAAGAAUAUGCAAAAGAAGCCCUUCAGCUCUCAGAACUCCAAGAAAAGACGCAACAAAUGGAAUACCAGACUAAAAUUAAGGAGUAUGAAGCCGCUAUUGAGCAAUUAA